AUGGGCGAAACUAUCAGGCUGUACUGGGGCUCAGGCCAUGAAGGUGUGGCGGGAAACGAAGCUGUAGAGGAGAUGGCGAGGAAUGUAUCGCUGAUUGAGGCCUUCGCGAUUCUUAAGGUACUGGAGACGAUGUUGUUGUGGAAGCGUCGGAGCCAUCAGACCGUUACGGUAUAUGUGGAAUGUGAGGCGGCGCAGAGGGCUCUUACCUCAGGCCGCAACUUCAUGGCUCUCAGCCUUAACGGAAUGCCAGUCAUAGAGUUUUCAAGAGUUGUAAACAGCUGUUGUGGUCCAGCACCAUCGUCAUCACCAUCACCUUCCUACACACAAUCACAACUUGCCGCCUAUUUGGUCGCAUGCUCGCAGUUCGUUUGCCAACCAACAGAAGACCAACGAAGUUGUUGCCGUUUUGUUCGCCUUUUGCUAAGGCAAGGUGGUUCGGCUACAGUGCCAGGGUACGGCUUUGGCCUUACAACAGCCAUAGUAGAAGAUGAUGAUGACGAUGACAAUGUUCUUCUGCAUCUGACUGUGUGCCAGUGGUGCAACGGCCAUUUGGGCAAUAAUCCCAUCACCUCUGCCAGUUUUACAUCGGUGUUACUCUUUCUGACAAAGAACUCGCAACUUCAAACAGUACGCAUACCAGCAUCGCACACACCCAUUUGGUUUGGUCGCCAUUCGCUAGAAAAAGCAAAUCACCAACGCAUUGUUCCCACAGCGAAUGUGGUAGGCUUUGUUGUGCUGGCUGAAAAUUGGCCAAAACACAAGUGUACAAGCAUUGCGUCAACAAGAAGAACGAAAACAAGCACAACAACAAAAACAGAAAGAGCAAUAUCAGCAAAUCCAACAACAAUAUCAACUGUGCCCACAUCAAAACAACAACAAAGAACGAGUAGAGGAAGGCGCAUCAGAACGCCGACAGUAUCUGCAUCGGCAAACAGUGUUGAGUUGAUGGGCCCCUGGUAUAUAAUUGGGGCCCUCCUACUGCUGUCGGCAAGAGCGGGGGACUCCACAAAUAAAAUCAUAAUCCCACAACAAAUUGGAGGCAGCAGCAGCAACAUUUUGCAUUCUGGAAAUGUCGCCAACGGUGGCAACGGCAUGCAUCAUCAUAUACCAAAAACCUCCAUUGCCGCCAAUGCGGCCAACAAAGGCACAGUGCUCAGUGGCAAUGGGGUUAUCGUAGCGGGCGGCUCAAUUGGCCCAUCAUCGUCGCUUAACACUAUUACAGAAGAACCCGAAUUUACCGAAUACAUAGAAAAUGUUACAGUACCUGCGGGACGCAACAUUAAAUUGGCGUGUUCUGUUAAAAAUCUGGGAUCAUAUAAGGUGGCCUGGAUGCACUUUGAACAAUCGGCCAUACUGACGGUCCACAAUCAUGUGAUAACGCGCAAUCCACGCAUCAGCGUGACGCACGACAAACAUGAUCGCCAUCGCAGUUGGUAUCUACACAUCAACAAUGUCCAGGAGGAGGAUAAAGGACGUUAUAUGUGCCAGAUCAACACCGUCACCGCCAAAACGCAAUUUGGCUAUCUCAAUGUUGUUGUGCCGCCUAAUAUCGACGAUUCCUUGAGUUCGAGUGAUGUCAUCGUCAGAGAGGCCUCUAAUAUAUCCUUAAGAUGUAAAGCCACCGGCAGUCCAAAGCCGGUCAUUAAAUGGAAGAGAGAUGAUAAUUCUCGAAUAACCAUAAGUAAAAAUCAUAUAGUAAGCGAAUGGGAGGGAGAUACAUUGGAGAUAACAAGAAUCUCACGCUUGGAUAUGGGUGCCUAUUUAUGCAUAGCAUCGAAUGGAGUACCACCCACGGUUUCGAAGCGGAUUAAAGUUAGUGUGGAUUUUCCACCCAUGCUAUUGAUACCCCAUCAACUGGUGGGCGCUCCAGAAGGUUUCAAUGUAACAAUCGAAUGUUUCACCGAAGCACAUCCCACCUCACUCAAUUACUGGACAAGAGGUGAGGGACCAAUUAUACAUGAUUCCACCAAAUACAAAGUCGAAUCAAGUGUGGGAGUGCCUGUGUACAAGACCCAUAUGAAGUUAACCAUACUGAAUGUGGGCAGCGGCGAUGAUGGCAUUUACAAGUGUGUGGCAAAAAAUCCACGUGGUGAAACGGAUGGCAUUAUACGAUUAUAUGUCUCAUAUCCCCCCACAACGGCACCAUCAGGCAAUUUUCUCACCGAUCCAACACGAUGGGAUGGUGCAUAUGGUUCGGACUCCUCACGCAGUCACCAUGGUGGAGAUAAAAAUAAGACCACGGGCCAGAACGAUGUCUACGGGCUACCCGGCCAAGGUGAGGAGCUGUCGAGUGGAUCGAUGAGUGUCACCGCUGUAGCUGCUACAACCAUAGGAAAACGCUUGCAACAUGUGGCACUGUUGUUAAUUUUGUUUGUAUAUUUAGGUCGUUAUAAUGUAAAAUGAUUCCCCCUCCAUAAGUUUUUAUUAUUUUUUACCUGAAACAACAACAAGAAAAACCAAAACAAAACAACAAUUAAUUAAAAUACAGCAAAAGUUAAGACACACAAAAAAAAAACACAAUGUUAGCAUAUUAAGAUGCAAAAGCAAAAAUAACACCCAUCAUCAUAUCAAACCAAUGUACGAGGGUGGGAGAGCAAGUCUUUGAAGAGCUUUAAAAAUUGACAAUUUUAAUAAAAAUCAUAACAUGCAUUCUAAUAUUUAAGGCUAUUGUUUGUAUAGGUUUAACACCUAUACAAAUAAUAGACCAGUCAAACUUCAGGGUUGUUAAACCAUAUAAUCCAGCAUUGGAUUCUAAGGUUAAAUACUGUGUAAUUUUUGGUGAUUUUGUAAAAGAAACUUAAUCUCACAGGCUCACAGAUGGUGGUCACUAUGUAUACUCUACUACGUGGCUCUACAGAAGCGGAUAAUAAAUGCUCCUGGUACGGGACCAAGACCCUAAAUCAGCAGAUCGAUCUAUAUGUCUGCUUAAUCUAAAUAUAGUUCGAUCUGACCCAUAAUUAAGUCGGAUAUCACGAGGCUUAAAACAAACUACUGUUUCAAAGACCAUAAAUCAGUGGAUCGGCCUAUAUGAACGCUGUAUCUAUAUAUGGUCCGAUCUGAACCAUAUUUAUGUCCGGAUGUCGGGAGGCCUACAACAACUCACUGUUACAACUUUCAGUGAAAUCGGAUAAUAAAUGCGCCUGUUUGGCCCGAGUUGGGCCAUAUAUCGAAGCCCCUAGACCAACUCCAUCUUUAAAAUUUCAGCGAAUUGGACAAGAAAUGGGGCUUUUACCGGCUUAAAGCCCUAAAUCGCCAGAUCAGUCUAUAUGACAGCUAUAGCUAUAUAUAGUCCGAUUUGACCUAUUCAAAAACCUAACCUGCGUAUAGAAGAAAUACGACUCUGUGCAAAAUUUGAUUUCAAUA